AUGCAACACAACAUGUCAGACACUGAGACGUCUGAAAAUGGCGCACUGCCCUCAGAUAAAGGGAAGGCUGCAGACAAGUCAGUGGAAGACGUCGGCAGAAAUCCGAACGAAUCCCCAACCAGCCACGGCACGAAGCUCACUAAAGCGUUUACAAUCAAGAGAGCUCAGAGGCCGUCGCGUAUCGUGACUCAGAAGGACGACAUUCAUCUCUGCAUCAUGUGUCUUCGUGCCAUCAUGAACUACCAGUCCGGGUUCAACCAGGUGAUGGAGCACCCAAGCUGCGUCAACGAGAUCACGCUCAGCCUCAAYGACAGGAACCCCAGGACCAAAGCCCUGGUGCUGGAGCUGCUGGCAGCUGUUUGUUUGGUGAGAGGAGGCCAUGACAUCAUCCUGUCCGCCUUUGACAACUUCAAAGAGGUGUGUGGAGAGAAAAGGCGCUUCGAGAAGCUAAUGGAGUAUUUUCAGAAAGAAGAAAGCAACAUUGACUUUAUGGUGGCCUGUAUGCAAUUCAUCAACAUUGUGGUCCACUCGGUGGAAAACCUGAACUUCAGGGUCUACCUUCAGUACGAAUUUACCCAACACAGCCUGGAUUCCUACUUGGAGCAGUUGAAGUUUACAGAGAGCGACAGGCUGCUGGUCCAGAUCCAAGCCUAUUUGGAUAACGUGUUUGAUGUGGCAGCUUUGCUGGAGGAUGCAGAGACCAAGACCACCCUGCUGGAUCACAUAGAGCAGCUGCAGGAGCUCCACACGCAGCUGAGCUCCAAGUUCCAGGAAACCGAGAUGGGGGCGAUGCAGAAAGUCUCAGAGCUGGAGAAGAAGCUCAUUCAGAUCUGCAAAGAGGUGGACCCCUUAAAGCAGCCAGAUCAAGCAGGAGACGGACGUAGUUCCUCUGAUGAGCUGAAGGAGCUGGAGCUGAGGGUUCAGGCUCUGGUGGAGCAGGGCCUCCUUCGAAUGGACCACGCCCCCUCUGGUGAGCUGGUCCUUGAGGUGGUCCAGCGGGAGUCACAAAGAGACACCGUCAGUGAUCAAAUAGACAGUACUUCCAUCACCCCACAAUCUCCAACCACAGAACUACCGAACUUUCAACCUCCCCCGCCACCGCCGCCGCCUCCUCCCCCUCCACCACCGCCUUCUGGAGGYGCUGKGGCGCAGCAGACAGUGGGGGGCUCAGACAAACAGAAGAAGCCCAUUCAAACCAAAUACCGCAUGCCACUGUUCAACUGGGACGCUCUGAAAUUAGACCAGGUGGAGGGAACAGUCUUCGGCGAGCUGGACGACCAACACGUCUUGCAGGAGCUGGACAUGGAAGCUUUCGAGGAACAGUUUAAGACCAAAGCUCAGGCCCCUCCGGUAGAUCUGGGCACCCUGAAGAAGAAAAUGGCCAGGAAGACUCCC